AUGCCGAACCUUGUGGAGCCGGAUACACAGUUCCGUGAUCACUUUGUUGACUUCCGCGUGGCAAAGACAGUGAACACCAUACCCUACGACGAGGCGAUCCCCCAAAAGCCGGCCAGAGAGACCCCGCUGGGCAACCACAGCAGCAAGAAGGUGACCGUCGUGGGAAUGGGUCAAGUCGGUUUGGGCUGCGUCGUUGCCAUACUGAACCAGGACAUAUGCGGGACACUGGCGCUGGUUGACAUCGCUGCAAAGAAGCUGGAGGGCGAGGCGAAGGACUUCCAGCAAGGCAGUGCAUUCCACCAGCACACUACAAUUCUGGCGUCGGACACCUACGAUGUCAGCGAGAAUUCGGACAUGGUCGUUAUCACGGCCGGUGUCGCCCAGCAGCCAGGCGAGUCGCGGCUGAGCUUGGUGGACCGCAACGCCAACAUCAUGAAGAAGAUCAUGCCCGAGGUAUUGAAGUAUUCCCCAAAUGCAACCAUCCUCAUUGUUAGCAAUCCGUGCGACAUCAUGACGGCCAUCGCCGCCAAGCUUGCGGGUCCUGACUUCCCGCAGGGCAAGGUGUUCGGAGCCGGAACUUGCCUUGACUCAUCCCGGUUCCAGACAUUGAUCGCCCAGUCGAUUGAUUUGGAUCCCAAGAAUGUCCACGGCUACAUCAUCGGUGAGCACGGGGAUUCUUCUAUCCCGGUUUGGUCAUCGGUCCGCGUUGGCGCACUUCCACUGCUGGAGCCGGGCGAGGAGCCCAAUGAGACGCUAAAGAAGAUCCACAAGUCGGUGGUCAACUCUGCGUACGACAUCAUCAGCCUCAAGGGCUACACCAACUGGGCCAUCGGCAUGUCCACCGCUCACAUCUGCAAGGCUGUGCUGAACGACACCCGCACCAUCAUCCCGGUCUCUACCUGCGUGCGCGGCCUCUACGACGUGGAGGGCGACGUCUUUCUGAGCCUUCCCUGCAGCCUCUCGAGCCAGGGUGUGCAGCGCGUGGCAGUGCUGCCCCUAACCGACUCCGAAAAGGCCACCUUCCAGAAAUGCGCCAAAGGCAUCUGGGAGGUUCAGAAGCCGAUUUGGGAGAACUUGCUGCCACCAAAGGAGGUCAAGGCAGAGCCGGCUGAGCCCAAGUCGGAGGGUUGA